GCUCCACCGUUCCUUCUAGUCUGGACGUGUGUACUAUACUGACUCCAGAUACUGUAUUCUCCUCGUCUAAGGUCACGCCGCUACGCAUGGUGGUGUUGUUGGUGAUGAAACCUUGUGGCGGUGGUUAUGGUGGAGGCGGCGGAAAGCAGUGUGUUGGGCCUUUCCUAACAGCACCAUUGACUCGUUGCUUUAGCGUACAGAGACUGAAAGUACGAAGUAACGACUGCGAGUGAUGGUGACUGAUAAAAGAACAGAAAGAACAAAAAAGAACGACAGAGAACGGCACGGUAACGACUGGGAGUGUUCGUUACUGUGAUGACGGUAAAAAAAGAACAGAAAGAAUAAGAAGAACGACACAAAGAACGGCACGCUAACGGCACGGUAACGACUGGGAGUAUUCGUGACUGUUAUAGAAGUGAAAAAAGAACAAAGAAUAAAAAGAACGACAGAAGGAACGGCACGGUAACGACUGGGAGUAUUCGUGACUGUGAUGACGGUGAAAAAAGAACAGAAAGAACAAGAACGACAGAGAGAACGGCACGUUGAUGCAUUUCUUCAAUCAAAAAUAGAAAGAUGACAGCAAGAACAAUGAGUCGAUGAUGAAAGUAAAAAGUCGUAUGUAUUUCGAUCUGUAGUUUAAUAGAUUGGAAAUAACAAGACAACAGGAAAGAAAAAAAGGAAGACAAAAGAUACUGGAGUGACAGCCAUCAACCACCACCAUGACAACACCAAGAACUGUUACCAGAAUGGCGUUGUAUUGCUUCGUCACGGCGGGAGUGUUUCUUCUGGCAACACUGCAGAGGCAACGUCCACCACAACCUACCUCACCUGCUUCACUCUUUUUCUCUCUAACCUUUCGCCCAAGCAUCCCUACUUCGUUUCUAUCCUCCUCAACUUCUUUUCCUAUCUCCAAAGACUCGAUCUCUACCUCGCAAGAACCUCUCCCCGUCUCCGCUAACCCCAUGUCUUCCUCUUCGUCUCUCCUCGUCACCCAAGACUACCACACCCCUCAGUCGCAUGUCCCCGAGUGUCAAGACAUGUUUACAAUCAAGAAAAGCGAAAACACGAUUUGGGACACAGAUAAGUAUUACUGGGAUCUGAGUCGUCUGCUGUCCCCGCUGCUGCAGGAUAUUUCCUUAACGUCAGGGGAAAUCUCCGCCUUCCCCGGCACUAGGCUGGAGCUCAUGAACGGUUCCCUACCCUACCUUCCGUGCACGGUUCGGGAGUACCCAGCGGAGGAGGUGGGGCGGUGCUUGGCCGCCAGACGGAGGGCGCGGCGCCUCCCCACCUGGCUCGCCUUCUACGGGGACUCCAACAUGAGGCAGAAGAUGAUGGUUGUGGUCCACUCGUUCCUACCGCCCGACCUGAGCUACCGCUACUUCCUAAACGACUCCCAGGUGACUCGAGACAGCUUCGAAAAGGAAAUGAAUCACGAAACAAGUCAGCGCCCAACAACCUUCGACGUCAUUGGCUGCCGAGGAACUGACGAGAGGAACCUACAAGAAGAUGAUGAUAAUGGUGGUGGUAGUGAUAGUGAUGGAAGUCCCUCCCAAACCCACGGGAAGAGGAACCCAACCCCACCAGACGCUCAUGAGACUACAACGAAACCCGAAACACUCCCUCGCAAACCUCCACCUCUUCUUGUCCAUCACGUGACCCACUACGAAGUAAGGGUCACGCUGGUGUGGGCGACGAAGGGCAGCACGAGCGGGGACGACGAGGCGCCUACCGUGACCCGCCUGGAGGAGUGGUCGACGAGGGAAACGGUACCUGAUGUUCUUGUUGUGGGGUUUGGGAAGUGGUUCAUGAACACCUUCGAGCAGGAGUUGUCGCCCUUCACGUACGCGGCCACGACGGCUCGCCUGCUGCUGCCGCCGCUGGCUCGUCUCGAGCGCCGGACCGUGGUCGUUCAGUGGACGCAGAGUCGGCUCCGCAGAUACAACUUUAUGAUCUCGCGUGUCGCGGUGAACGUGUCGAGGAUGGCGUGGCACCUCGUCCUACUCAACGAACCCUUCAACUACGGCCUGGCACUGCUUGACGGCUGGCUCCACCACACCCUUGGGCCGGCAGGUGUGUGGCUCUGGGAUUCGACUCUGCCUCUCAACAUGGCUAAUGUGAGGGAGUGUGAAACCCUAAUGGAUGCCAAUUUGACCCACCACUCUCUGUACACAGGGCGGUGGUGGCAGUGUGUAGACGCUCACCACGCCUCCUUUGAGACCAACACCAGUGAGAUGACGAUGCUCUGGAACCUGCUGUGUAACCCAUACAUGAACACGGGGCGCCCCUUUUGCUGUGCCAAGGAGGAGAACUGACACCACAUGGAACACACUCCAAGUCCCUUCAUUCCUUCAUCACCCCUUUCCCUUCCAAGCUAGCAAUUAAGCAUGCUGCUGUGGGCCAUGCUACUGCUGUGCUAGGGAUGCUGCAGCCCUCUCCUUCUUUUGCUCUCUCUCUCUGAGUGAUGAGGUGUUGCUUAGUGGACAUUCAUGAAAAACAGGAAACUUAUGUCGAGAGUGAUUGAUAAAUUGAUUGGGGUAUCAUUACGUCGAGAUGCCAAUCUUGAAAUGCUGAAAUGAAUUAAAUCAAUAAUUUGAGAAGAGAAACACUACAUAGAGGAAAGAAAAGUAGGACUAUCCUUGGAAUUUCUCUUUAACUGGCAAUUGUGAGCAAGCCCCAAACUGGAAAGACUGAGAAAUUUAACAGAGAGGUGGAGAUGACCAUCCAUUACUCCGCCAGGGCUGAUGUUGAGCUAUUUUAUUUUACUUUUUUCUCAGGUGUCAUUUAGUAAAUAAUUUGUUUUGGGAGGGGAAAAGAUUUCCUCUCUUUAACUACAUAAAACUUCAGAGAAUGCAAUAACGCAGUGAAAAAUCUUGAAAUGUAUGUUACUGAGUGCCAGGCAUCAACUUCUAUUCUGAAGGCCGGGGUUCAAUUCCCCGCACUCAGUGGUGUACAUUUCAAGACGCAUAAGAUUAUUGUGUACUUGUGCUACUUUUAUGUCAUCACUUUUAAUUAAGUGGGGAAAAAGCAAAGGAAACUAUCAAAUUUACUUGCAGACUAGCUGUGUAAAUUUUAUGAACAAAUCAAUAGAUGCAAAGACAAAAUGAAUGAGUAUGUAAAAUGGCAAUAAAAAUAUAACACAAACUUUUUGGAAUACCAUUAAAGUUUUGCAUAUUAUCCCAGACUGUGUAAAAUCUGAUUAAUAAUAAUAAAAGAAUUGCUUCAGUGUUCAAGGAGAGCCGAGAUUGGAGACAGGCUGUGGGCAUCCCUUUCAGGAAGCCUUGGGCAGAAACCAAAGGAAACAAACAAAAAACUACUUCUUUGAAGUAAGUAUUAUUGUGUAUAUUUGUGUAUAUUUACCCAUCAGUUUCAUCAAUUCAAUAAUGCCUCACAUACCUCUGU